UCCGGCAUUUGCGCACUCCUCGAUUGACAGCCGUCGGCGCAGGGGGUUAGUGCUACAGUGAGGGCUUUGGAGUUGGAAUUCCCCACCGGAGGGAUCGGAGGGAGGGUUGGGGCUUGGGAGGAAGGGAAUGUCGGGGCCCGUCGAUCGGUUCGCGACGCCGAGCUAUGAAGGUCAUGCACGCAGAGAUGAGAAGAGAGAGUGCAAUUCUGAUGAAGAAAACUCAGAAGGAGAAAGGAAGGUCAGAAGGGGCACUUUCAAGAAGAGAGCGAUUAACGCAGGGCAUAAAUUUAGACAUUCCUUAAGAAGGAAGAGUAGAACGAAGAGUGGCAACCAUGUAGUCUCCAUAGAAGACAUAAGAGAUGUUCAAGAGUUGGAGAUUGUUGAAAGGUUCCGCCGGUGUCUGCUUGAUGAGGGCCUGUUGCCAGAACGUCACGAUGAUUAUCACACAAUGUUGAGGUUCCUGAAAGCAAGGAAAUUUAAUAUCGAGAAAGCAAAGCAUAUGUGGUCACAGAUGCUUAAAUGGAGGAAGGAAUUUGGGGCCGACAAUAUAGAGGAAUUUGACUACAGUGAAUUACAUGAAGUUGUGAAGUACUAUCCCCAAUUUUAUCAUGGUGUGGACAAAGAUGGAAGGCCAGUUUACAUAGAAUUAAUUGGAAAAGUUGAUACAAACAAACUAGUACAAAUCACAACUAUUGACCGAUAUGUAAAAUAUCAUGUCAAGGAGUUUGAGAGAUGUCUUCAGAUGCGGUUUCCAGCUUGCUCUAUUGCUGCAAAAAAACACAUAGACUCGUCUACUACUAUCUUGGAUGUGCAAGGAGUGGGCCUAAAGAACUUCUCAAAAGAUGCAAGGGAGCUAAUAAUGCGAUUGCAGAAGAUCAACAAUGACAACUAUCCAGAGACCUUACACCAAUUGUACAUCAUAAAUGCUGGCCAAGGCUUCAAGAUGUUAUGGGGUACAAUUAAAUCAUUUCUUGAUCCAGAAACUGCUUCAAAAAUCCACGUCCUUGGAAGCAAGUAUGAAACUAAGUUACUUGAAAUAAUUGAUGGCAGUGAACUUCCAGAUUUUCUUGGUGGCAAGUGUAGGUGUGAAGAAUAUGGUGGUUGUCCGAAAUCAGAUAAAGGCCCUUGGAAGGACCCUGAAAUUAUCAAGAGGGUCCUCAAUGGUGAAGCAAAUUAUGGUCGGCAAGUUCUUGCUGUAUCAAGCAUCAAUCAGAAGGAAGGUUGUACUGAACCUCAAGACUCAACUGAUCAGGGAAAAGGCAACGAUGCCUCUGCUGAAUCUAGUUCUGAGGUGGAAGACGUUUCUUCUCCUACUGCUUCGGUGAACCCUAUCAUAAGCCCUAAUUUGACCCAUGUGCACGAGUCAAAAUUUCCAGGACAUGCUUCCACAUCUGAUGCUCCUCCCAUUGUAGUGGAUAGCAUCCCUGUUGUUGACAAGAUUGUGGAUACAUGCUCUGAUCCAAGAAACAGCUCAAUGUCUUCCACCUCAGGUUCUUUAUCCUUGAGAAAUACACCUGCAACACUGGGAGGACUUAAAACUCAAAUUGUUGCAUGGUUGACAGUCUUAAUCGUGAGCCUUUUGGCAUUCCUUCGUUCUGUCCCGAGCAUAAUGACUAAAAGGCUCACAAAUCAGGCCAUUACCUGUGAUCACUAUAGUGCCGAGUUCCCUCCUCAAGGAUAUACGGGAAAUGGUACCCUUACAUCUGUGUUGAGACGGCUUGAUGAACUGGAGGAGAAGGUACAGACAUUUGAAGUAAAGUCACCCCAAGUGCCAUUCGAAAAGGAGGAAUUGUUAAAUGCAGCCGUCCACCGUGUUGAUGCGUUAGAAGCUGAGCUAAUUUCUAUGAAGAAGGCCCUGUAUGAGGCAUUGAUUCGGCAGGAUGAGCUGCUUGCCUAUAUUGACCGGCAACAGACAAUCAAGUUUUGUAGAAGGAAGUUGUGCUUCUAAGUCCUGGAGCACCUGCUACCUUUUCCCUUUCUCUUGCGAGAGAUGGCGUGCUGCUGCUGUCGAUCCAGAAUACUUGCAAACAUUUUCCAUUUCUUUCGUUGUAAAGUACUGUAAUCAGUAGGAAUCUAGGAAUAGAUAGGGUUGGAGACAUUGAGUAGCUGUGCAGCUUCUGUCCAUACCUUGUUUCAGCAGGAAAGGAAAAAAAAAGGUUUGAGAUCUUGUUUGCAUGUUCACCCGAGAUGAUUACAGCCAUGGUGAUGGAUUUUACAUGCCGUUUUUCUUUUGAGCAACA